AUGGGCAACGACAUCAGUAAGACAAAGGGACCGCCUGCUCAGCGUCGCCUCAGUCUGGGGUUCUUCUCGAACAGGAGGGUCUCCAUCACCCAAAGACUCGGACACUCGGCUGUGUUUUCCCGGCCUGUUGGUCCUGAUGGCAGACCCCCUGACCCCAACCCUCUGCAGCCUCCAGACCGCACAGACACUCCUCCAGCUCUCAUCUCCAUCUUCCUACCUGAGUUCCCACAGCGAACACUUCCUGGACCAGAGCAUUUCAAGAUCCUGGGAUUCAUAGCCAAAGGCUCAUAUGGACCCAUCCUGAAAGUAAAGGACUUUUUUAAAGAGAAGACCUACGCUGUUAAGGUUCUACCAAAGUCAGACAUCUUGAAGCAUGGAGUGCUUGAGCAGUCAAAAGAAGAAGUCAUCAUUCAGCGGCAGCUAAAACACCCAUUCAUCCACAAUCUGCAGGACUGCUGGCAGACACAGCGCCAUCUCUUCCUUAUGUGCGAUUACUGCAGCACUGGAGACUUAUACACUUGCUGGUUACUGAAGGGCCAGUUUAGGGAGGAUGAGGUCCGGCUGUUUGCUGCAGAGCUGGGCAGUGCGCUGGGAUUUCUGCAUGACUUAGGGAUCAUACAUAGAGACGUAAAGAUGGAGAACAUUCUUUUAAGUGAUCAAGGUCACCUGCGUCUGUCUGAUUUUGGACUUGCACAGCGGCUAAAAAGAGGAGGAAGAGCAUUCACGAUAUGUGGGACGAUCCAAUACAUGGCUCCUGAAGUAUUAAGUGGAGGUCCGUACAAUCACGCUGCUGACUGGUGGUCUUUUGGGGUUAUGCUGUUCUCACUGGUGACAGGCAAGUUUCCAGUACCUGCAGAGCCGGACCACAUCAGCAUGUUCAAAAAGGUCAAGGAUUUUCCUUACAUCCUACCUGAGACCUUCAGCUCUGCUCUGAUCUCCCUGCUCACUGAGCUUUUGUGCAAGACUCCAGUGAACCGGCUUCGUAACCUGGAGUGUUUAAAAAUGCAGGCUUUCUUUCGUGGCACUUCAUUUGACUCACUCAUCCUUCAGAAGACGCCUGUUAAAGUCAUCCUGGAGCUGAGGACUCAUCCUGAUUGGCCAGCUAAAGCCUUGAGAGGCCUUUCAUUCGACAUAUUUGAUGACUUUGACUGCGAUAAAAUCCUUCAUUCUCCUUCAACUCCCACUGAACUGUCUCCUACGUUGGCAACCAUGGACCUGGCUACAGAGCAGACGACUGGACAAUGUUAGUGAAGAAGUG